CCCCCAGAGUAACUGGGGAUGGAAGGAAAAAUUUGUUUUCAUCGAGCUUCCCCCCUUCGCCACUCCUUUGGCCGGUCUGAAAUGGAACGACAAUCUUCUCAAUCAAGAGUACGCUACACCGGCUUCCUCCCCUGACUUGGAAGCGAAUCUUGAGAUCCUCAUGCGUGGAGAUCCCUUCACCGGGAGGAUCUUCCAUUAUGGCAGCUGGGUUUGGAGGGUUGAGUCGAGUGGUGAGGAUAUGGAGUUCGAGGAGUUCGCCAUCCCCGAUGACCAACCAGCGGGAGAGACCGGGGGCUCCCAAGCUAACCCUGCCAAAACCUUCCCGGUCAACCAAGAGACCGUGGAAAUCUUCGAUGAAGACGAACCCCAAGACAACCGGUCUAAGGGGAAGGAAAAGGCCGGUCGCCGGACGAAGAAGGUGGCCACUACCCACCCUUCCAUUGGCAAGAAGAGGCAGCGGGCUGACUCUGACACGGGCUCACAGUCUGUCAAAGAAGCCUUCAUCAACCUUGGGUUGAGGCUAAUGGAGGUUGGAGAAAUUGGACCCCUCACAGCUGACCGGCUGGGGUUAGGCUCUCCUUCGGAAUUUGCCCGGCUGAAGAAGGAGAAAGAGGAGAUGGCUCUCAUCCUGAAGAGCCAAGCUGAUGAGCUGACCAGGCUAUCCGGGCUGACCGGGUCUAUGAAGGCGGAGAUCUCCCAUCUCAAGGAAGAGAAUGGUCGGCUGAUGGACGAGGUGUCUGAAGCCAAGAGGGAGGUGGCGGAGAAGGAAGAAACCUUCCCCGGGCGCGCGGCUGCCUGGGUAGAAGAAAAUAAGGCCGAAGCCGCCCGGGUGAUGACGGUGAGCCUGGAAGCUACUAUGGAAUCCUUCAGGCUUCUAUACCGGGAGCCUGAAGGAAAGAAGAUGAUAACUGCAAUUGGGUCCUUCGGAUUCAAAAGCAGCCAAAAGAAAGACCUGGCAGCCUCUCACCGGAUCCUCUUGAAGAGAGACCCGGCUUUCGCCGCGGAUUCCUACGGCCUGGCUCUCAUCCCAGAGGAAGAGCCUACUCCCCCCUUCCCCCUAGAUUAAGCUCCCCGGUUCGGACCGGUUGUCUUGUAAACUUGAAACCUUAUCAAUUUCCCCGGGUAUGCCCGGUGUAUCUGUAGACAUUUAACAUUCUUAUUUCAUUUGAAUGCCAUGUUUAAUUUCCAUACCGGUUAAUCUUGCUUCUCGAUCGAUAUUUUUAUUUUGCUACUUAGAAUGCCUUCGUAACAACUCUGACUAGUUA